UUGUCCCACAGACCAACCUGUGCCCCAACAUUUCAGAAGUCACUGUACAGUCAUGAUGCAGGGUAGCUCAUCGCCCUCUUGGGAGAAAAGUCACUAAACACCCGAACCUUGCCGAUAUUUCCAGAACGUUCAGAAAUGAUCCGAAUCAACAACACCCAAUACUUCCACUUUCUGCACCAGGCAGAUGUCCUCCGUCAAUCAGGGUCGCUUUGCGAUGCCAUCAUCUCGGUGCAGAGCCAAACGUUUCGGGCGCACCGUUUAGUUCUAGCCUGUGCUAGCAGAGCGUUAGCACAGCACCUCGCCAAGGGCGACACAGACAGCCCAGCCCAUUGCACAUUGGAGUAUUUCUCUCCACACACCUUCCAGCAAGUUCUAGACUUCACCUACACUCAAGCCCUUGAAGUGCCGGUGAAAGACCUGCAGCAGCUGCUAAGAGCCGCCCAGGUCUUAGAAAUGCAGCUACUGGAGGACCAGUGCCGAAAGCAGCUGGACUGUCUCAAAGCCAGAGAGAAGGAUAAAAACGGAGAAGCGGUAGACCUCACAGAGGAAGAUAAAAGUGUAGAAGAGAAAGAUCAAAAGCAAAAAGGUAGACCGGUUCCUGAGAACAAAGUCCAAAAAACAUGCUCCCCAGUAGAAAAGCCAAGCAUUGGCAUCGUCAUGGAAAAUAUUUCAAUCGCUGAUUCUACGGAUGUCCCCACCAACCAAAAAUCCCCAAAAAGGAAGGCAAAAUUUUCCCCGACAUCAGCAACCCUGUGCAACAGAGAUAGUGUCAUUACCAGGCCCAACACCAGCGGUUCCUCUUUCUCUUCUGCAUGGGCAUUCCCUACAAACAUGUGGGACAAUGGGAAUCACCUGAAUACCCUAAUGCGAAUUGCAGGGAACUAUUCUAACUUUUUUGCAUCUCAUCCCCUUCAGUCCUCCAACCAGACCUCUGUGGUAUACCCAUUCCCCCUCUCUUCUCAACAUAUGUUCCCUUUACUCAGCUCCCAUUUUCAAACUCCCCUUCAAAGCACGGCACUAGGCUACUCACGUUUGCACCCCCAUCCCUACGCUCAAAAUCUGUACACGGAGACUUCGAGGAUGGGCAGCAUAAUCAAGAACGGCAUUUUGAAGAGAAAAAAAUUGAGCCACAGCAGUCAAACUGUGGAAACAAGCUAUCCCGAAAUGCCAAAAGUCAGAGAAAGAGCCGACGGGUGCCAAAACUGCGGUUCAAGACUCCUCUGUGAUCCGUUGCUGCGGGAGUCAGCCUCCAUACAAUUAGGUCAAAACUGUGAUGGAUGUCAGUUCUGUGGAAGAGAGGCCGUGCAGCACGAAGCGAAUGCUAGAGACCACAGGGGAGAAAAACCCUACCAGUGCAAACACUGUCCAAAGAAGUUUAGCCUAAAACAUCAGCUCGACACGCAUCAUCGCGUUCAUACGGGAGAGAAGCCGUUUGAGUGUCGCCUCUGUGGUCAGCGCUCACGGGACUACUCUGCCAUGAUCAAACACCUCCGGACCCAUGGAGGCGCAGCGCCCUACCAGUGCACCGCGUGCCUGGAAUUCUGCAGCAGCCUGGUCGCCAUGCAGAGGCACGUCAAGAGCCACGCUGUGCAGGACUUCCCCCCUGACUGGAGCAUCAACAACACCUACUUGUACAUCUCCCACAUAUGAGGCCAUCCUCAUAAGCUGUAGCUUUAGCCGGUGAAUCUCCUGUGAGGCAGUUUAAUUCAGGUUGAAUUUACAGUACGGCAGUGACACUCAUAGAUAAAGAUCUGCUCAACUCGUACAAAAGUGAACAUUGAAUAAAAACAUUUCUCUAAUUUGUGGUUCAAGGUCAAACCCGACAUUCAUGGGUGUAAUAUCUAUGCAAAAUGAAACUGUUCUCUAUUUGCAUUUGCAAUAAUCGGAAAUACAGAUGCAGUACUAUUUCCAGUGACAUUAAAGGUUUUGAAAGUGUUUACCAGGCAUUAAAGCCACAUCAGCAUCUAAUCCCCGAUGCAUGACGCAGGAAUCCUCCCUCUGACUUUCAAAAUUAUUAUUGGACUGCUUGUGCAAGCUUUGCAGCUUUCAGUCGGGUUCACAGCGCCCUCCAGAGGACAUGCAGUGAAAACAAAAAUCAGCAUUUUCUUGUGUUGGAGCUUUAAAUGCCACGCUUGAAAGAACACAGGAAAUAUUAUCACUGCACAGUAAAAAAAAAUGAAGCAUAAUAAUUCAUUUAGUUAAAACCAUAUCAUAUUCACAUUUGCAUGCUGACCUACAAAUACACUUGCCUGUCCAUAUAAUAUUACACAUACUUGGGAUAAAAGGUGUCAAGACUUCAGAAUUAAGGGUCAAAUAAGAAAUAUUUCAUUUAUUUUUAAAUAUAAAAAUGUGUCAAACUAGAUUAAUCAACAUAAUUAUCAACAUUAACUGAAAUAUGGUAAAGGUUACAUAUCCUCCUUUUUAACCUAUCAUUCUGUUGUAUUACUAUUUAAUAAAUGUUAGAUCCUCUAACCAAGUAUCUUUUUAAUCCUCAGCUAAGAGACACAACUGUAGUCUACCUUGACUGUUUAUGUUUCUGUUUUAGGUACAUUAUUAAUAUAAAUAACCUCAUUAGUGACGCUCUUUUGUUUUCUAUCAUUGCCAAAUGCAUGGAUAUCAAUUCACUUACAUCACGUCCUUUGGAUUACAUAGCACUCGGUAGAUUAAAUGCUUUUUAGAAAAUCUACACAUGCGGUAAACAACUGAUGUUUUCUCAGUAGUUUACAUUUGCGAUAUGUAACAUUAUGAGUCGCUUCCUCCUGGGAGCUUUCUGUACAGCUUACAGGCCUGCUACCACUUAUGGAUAAGUGUGGAUUUCAACAGCAUUAUCAUAAUAAGUAUAAAAAAGAAUAUAAAUAAAUGUUUAUUUCUUUUGCCAGCUAAGCAUUUACCUGAUAAAUGUGCUAUGUUACUAUUUCACCAAAUAAAUAAGUUUGUAAG